AUGGCUACAACAAUCGAAGAUGAUGAAACACCAUUUUUAAGCUCAUCUUCACAACCGAUGGGUAUGUUUACAGGUGAUAUAAGUGGAACUGGAAAUCAAUCCAAUAAAAAUGAAUUAUCAACAUUGAAUGAACCAGUUUUAGACACAAUAAAACGUGAUCUUGGAGCUGUUCUUCGUAAAUUUGGAUAUGCAGUCAUUCCGCGUGAAUCAUCGACACUUUUACAGCAAUGGGAUUUAUGGGGACCACUUAUUUUAGUUACAAUAUUAGCGAUUCUUCUUCAAAGUAGUUCAACGAAAGCUAGUUCUGGUGUAGAAUUCGCUCAAGUAUUUACAUUAAUGUUAAUGGGAUCAAUAGCCGUCACGGUCAACUCUCAACUACUCGGCGGAAAAAUUUCCUUCUUUCAAUCUGUUUGUGUUCUUGGCUAUUGUCUAUUACCAUUAUUACUAGCAGCAAUAAUAAAUAAUACUCUUUUAUAUAUUUCAAGUAAAUCGGCAAUACCUGUUUUCCAUAUAAUACGAUUUUUAAUCGUAAUGGCUGCUUUUGGUUGGGCUAUGUAUGCUAGCACUCGUUUUCUUGGACAAACUCAACAGCCAAGCCGUCGACUACUUGUACUGUAUCCGAUAUUUUUAUUUUAUUUUCUCAUCGCGUGGCUUAUUAUUCUUCAUGCACACCCAAAAUAA